AUGGACCGUGGCCUAUACAACAUAGUUGUUCUUCUCGAUUUAAAGAAAGCAUUCGAUACUGUCAACCAUGAAAUUCUUUUACGUAAGUUCAAACGGUAUGGCUUUGGUAAUAAAGCCCUAGGUUUACUAAGUAAUUACUUAACAAAUCGAACACAGAGAUGUCAGCUAAAUGCAAUGCUUUCAGAUCAGAGAAGAAUAACUUGCGGCAUCCCUCAGGGAAGUAUACUUGGCCCUCUUCUGUUUAUUAUCUAUAUAAAUGAUUUGCCAAAUUGUCUCAAACAUACAACACCAAUGAUGUUUGCAGAUGAUACCAGCCUUACAGCUGUGAGCAAAACAUUAAAUGAAGCAGAAGAGAUAGCGAAUAAGGACUUGAAAAAUGUUAAGGUGUGGUUGUCUUCAAACAAACUUAGCUUAAAUAUUGCGAAAGCGGAAUAUAUUUUGAUUGGAUGA